AUGAACCAAUAUGAUCAGUGGAAUCGAAGGAUCCGGACCAUCUGGUAUUGCAGCAGUCUAUAUGUGGAAUACAAAAAUGCCCUGAGGAAAUCGAGGAAGAUGCCGGUCGAGAAGAAGACCGAGUACUGGGAGAAGAAGCACGAGGAGUUUGCCACGAAGAUGUUGAACAAUAUAUACGAAUUGAGGGGGUGGUGGGUGAAAGUAGGGCAGUUCCUAAGUACGCAGGAAAACAUCAUGCCUGUGGCAUACAUCGAGAAGUUCACCAAGCUUCAGGAUAUGAUGCCCACUUCCUCGUUCGACAAGAUAGAAGUCAUUCUUAAGAGGGAAUUGGGAAACAUCUAUGACAUAUUCGAGCACAUCGAAAAGGAACCCCUAGCAAGCGCAUCGAUAGGACAAGUUCAUCGAGCAAAAUUAAAGAAGCACGAACAUGAUCCGAACCCAGCUGCAGUUGUGAAAAAGAAUGAUUACAAUGUUAUUAUAAAAAUUCAACACGAAGGAAUCGAUCAAUUUCUUUCUUCCGAUAUAAAUACAUUGAAGAAAGUAUCUUGGGCCUUUGGUCUAAUAGACAAGAAUUUUUAUUUCACCGAUUUUAUUGAUGAAUGGCAAGACUCCGCCUCCAGAGAGUUAAAUUACAAAUACGAAUUGUAUCAUCAGUUAUUGGCAUACAAUACUUUUAAAAAAUCUGGAAUCCCCCUGAAAAUCCCACAGAUAUAUUGCGCCUAUACCACCUCCAAAGUUCUCGUCAUGGAAUACAUCAAGGGGUUUAAAAUAACAGACACGAAUUCGAUAAAGAAGUAUAAAGUGGAUGCAUAUGACUUGGUUUAUAAGAUUAUCGAUUAUUUUGCUUAUCAGAUUCAUAACGAUGGCUUUUUUCAUGGAGAUCCCCACCCGGGAAAUAUCCUCGUUAUGGUGCAGGAGGGGCGAAGGGGGAAGGGUAGAAGGCGCAAAGGCAGUAGGGGCAGUAGUGGCAACGAGAUAAGGCGCUCCAAAAGGGGGCCAAGUGAAGUUGUGCAGAACCCCGCAGAGGGGGAAGAGAAGCCCAUUCCAAAAGCACCUUUCCCAAGGGAUGACAAGAAGGGAAAUGUUCUCAGCACAACUGGGAAUACGUCCAAUCGGUGCAGCACUCCCAACCGGUCCAACACAUCCCACGCAUCUAAUUCCUCCUCAAGCAUGUCUAACGGGUUGAAGACAGCUAACUCUGCCAACGAGCCAAUUCCGUCCAACACGUCGAGCGCCUCCAUGGAGGACUUCAUAGAUGCGAGGUACAAUAUCGAUAGGAUGAAAUGCGCAGCGACGAGCUCCACUAAUCUGUUUUAUAAAUCGUUCAGCUCUGUGGACUACUCGAACAAGAGAGGUGAAGAAAUAUCAGAUCAGAUACUGAAGGAGGAUUACGAUUUUAUCCUUAAUGAAAACAUGAGUGACGGAGUGAGCACCAUCCGGAAGAGCAUCUCCAAGUCGGACAACUGCUUAUCUUAUGGAAACUCCAGGAGGGAGGAGUUCUCGCUGCUCGGAAGUGCGACGGGCCCAGGGGAGGAAGGCUCAACUAAGUUGAUUGACAAUGAGAAUAAUUCUCUGCGCACGCAAGGGAAUCUGUUCCAAGGGGAUGAAGUCUUACCAGGGGAGGAAGCAGACAGAAAUGGGGCGGAGGUCCAUGGUACCGGAGCCGCAUCGCAGGGUGAAGAGCCCUCAUUGCAGGGUAAGGAACCCCCAUUGGAAGUUAACGCAGCCGGGAUCCACCCCACACACACAAGACGACGCAGAAGGAAGAGGAGAACCUACUCCUUCGUGCCCGUGAUCAUCGAUUGGGGGCUGAUUAAACAGCUAGACGGCGUGAUGAAGCUGGCCUUUUGCAAACUAGUGUACAGCAUUAGCUGCAUGAAUGUGCUGAACAUCAUCGAGGCAUUUGAGGACAUGGGUUUCUGCUUUAAGGAGGACUUCACGUAUGACCCGGAAAUAUACAUUGAAAAUUUAAAGCGUUUUUUUUUGAAAAAGUUGGAAGAGUCCAGCACCAAAAUGAGCGAAAGUGAAGGCAUCGGCGGGGCGGGAGCAACCGGAUUAGGAGCAGAUAAGGAGUAUCCAAAUGGUCUAGACGAAACGGGGAAGAAUAAAAAUUUAGAUGUUCUUAAAAAUAUAGACAAGAAGGAAGUGUUAGACCAGAAUCCAAUUAGUGAUGUCCCAAAGGAUAUAAUUUUUUUCAUGAGAGUAGCUUCUCUGCUCCAUGGAUUAUGCACACAAAUGAAUGUCAACAUAAAUUACCUGAGCAUAUUUUCUAGGAGAGCUAAAGAAGCCCUUGAAAAAGUGUACAAACCCAUUCAUCACUCGAUCUAUACCAUCCCCAUUGAUAAAACUCCUAAUUCGUUUCUUGAAAAGAGAAUACAUAAUUUGCUUAAGAAGCUGUACCAGGAGAAAAAAAUUCUGGGGUGCCAGGUAGCCAUUAUACACAAUAAAAAAGUCGUUGUGGACACUUGUGUGGGCAUGACCAGCACAACGGACAAGAGACCCAUAACGAGACACUCUCUAUUCAAUGGAUACUCCUUAAACAAAGCUAUCCUUACCAUCGCCUUGAUACAUCUGAUGUCAAACUUGGUCAAUGAGCAGUACUCCGCGGACAGCGUGCUGUUAAAUUUGAGCAAGAAGAAGAAUAUGAAGGAAAAUCAACAGGAGGAGGGGAUGCCUAAUUCGAGUGCGACGCGUAAGGAAAACGGGGACGCGACCCCUGCAGAGGAGGAAGAGAAGGUGGAAGACCCAGUGGAAGAGGCCCAGGACACAGCAGAGGUGCAGGACAAGUGCGUCGGUGAAAUGCUGAGCGAUGUUAAAAAAAUCGAAAAUGAUUAUUUUUCGCCCGUUAAGAAGGCGGAUGGAGCGGUGGUGUCAGCGGUGUCGAGGGGUGCUCCUGGUCAAGCAGUGGGCCCUGGCGGUCUCUCGGCCACCCCCAUCACCAACUAUAGCACCAUCUACCGCGUGAACAACAACACGAGUCGCUAUUGUAGCAGCUACGACCACAGCUUUAGCAGCGAUGAAGAGGACGGCAAGGAAGAGGGGAAAGGGAAAGAAAAGGGAAAAGGGAAGGAAAAGGGAAAAGGGAAGGAAAAGGGAAAAGGAAAGGAAGAUGAAACGGCACACAGCGGCUCUCACCUCUCAUCACAGCGUAACUCUGAGAACCCGCUGCAAACUCCCCCUUUGGAGGAACAGAACGAAGUCUACGACGGGUACAACCGUGAACUGUGUGAACAAAUUAUAAGUGAUAUAGAAGCCAGACAAAUAAAAAAUUUCAAGAGUAUUAUUAACGACUAUAUAUGCAACUACUGGGACGGAUUCAUAUGCAAAAACAAAAAGAGCAUCACAAUAAAGGACGUGCUCACGUUGAAGUGUUUCAUUAAAAAACCAUUUCAAGAUAAAAUCACGUUAAGUAAAUUCAUAGACUACGAUCAAAUGAUCAAAAUGAUAGAGAGCUCUCGAAACUGUCCCGUUAAAAACAAGUCUAAAAGGUACGGACUGUACCUCUACCUAAUUGACACCUACAUUAUCUCUGAACUGAUUAACAACAUUUCUGGGCUGAAAUAUCAUGAGUAUAUUUACAAGUAUAUUAUAAAGCCGCUGAAUUUGAAGGACGAAAUGUACAUCCCGAUUCCUUCGUACUUUUUGAAAAAACACCAGGAGGAAAUGAAGAAGAGCAAAAAUACAAGCGACUCUUCUGUCCUGAAUGAGAAGGGGAAAAAAAAUAACUAUAAAGAUAAGAAGGAAAAUCCAAUGAAGGAGUCUUCCAAUCCGCUCAGAAACAAUGAGUUAAAUUUAAACUCUUUUAUGUCGAAGAAGAGAAAUAAAAAAUUAAACAGCGCUUCAAAUUUUGGGAACGAAUUUCACCAAGGGAAGAAUGUAACCCUGUCUAAUAGUAACUAUAAUAAUAGGGCUUUCCAGAAUAGCGUUCUUGUGAACAGACCGUGGAACCGAAAAUUUAGGUCCCCAUUGGAAGCAGUGCAGAUUACGAGGCGCUCCAUAAGUGUCGAUGUGUAUUAUUCUUCUAGGGGGAGGAACCCCUGCGCGGAGGCCUCCACUUCGAAAGGGGCGAAGCAUGUGCGGGAGGUGGUUAGCGGUGAGGUGGUUAGCGGUGAGGUGGUUAGCGGUGAGGUGGUUAGCGGUGAGGUGGUUAGCGGUGAGGUGGUUAGCGGUGAGAUGGUUAGCGGUGAGAUGGUUACUGGUGAGAUGGUUAGCGGUGAGGUGAUUAGCGAUGAGGUGAUUAGCGGUAAGGUGGUUAGCGGUGAGGUAGUUAGCGGUCAGGUAAUUAGCGGGCAGGACAAACCCGCGGAAGGCGAAGCAAACGGGGGGCGCUCCAACACAGAUGAGCCAACCUCAAUCAACAUCCUUCUAAACAGCAAAAAGAUCACCCAGUUCGGGGGGGACAAGAAAUUCGAACAGAGUAGCAUGCUAGAAAGCAACCUAAAAACAAAAGAACCACUCAGCCUCAGAACCAAGUUGCUAAGUCAUGUGGACAAUCUCAAAGUCAAGACGAAAAAAAUUAACGACUCGAUUAAAAAUAUGUACGAAAAUAAUGAAAACACAUUUUUAAAAAAUCUCUUUAUGACUCCAUUGAAGAAAGCGGACCAUGCCAGCAGCGCCCUCACCUAUGAUUACCGCAAUGUUGAGCUUAGCUACAUUUACAACAAAAAGUUGGGCAGCUAUACAAAAAGAAGAAAUUAUCCAAAUUGUCAAAAUUGUCAAAAUUAUCAAAAUUAUCCAUACGGGGCGCACAAUUAUUAUUACAAUGAUUUUGCUCGAGAAGACAUAAAACAAAAUAAAAUAGACAAAAAAUGGAACAUAAAAAAUAUCAACAAGAUUACCUCUAACUUUCGAUUCACAGAAAAAAAUAAAAAAGAUUUUCUCUUUGUUCGAUCAAAUGACGAGAAGAACAAGCGUUCACAUAGCUGCUCAAAUUAUAAGUUAGUCCAAUACAACAUAAACAGACACACACAUCGUGAUGAGGAUGGAAAUAUAUUACCCAAUUCGGACAACUCCAAUGGCAUCGUUUUUAAGUACCAGAAUGAUACGAAUGAAUUUCUCUUUGAUUACAAUGUUCACUUUUUUUCCGCGAAUUUUUUUAAUAUGUUACCCGAAGAAAAGGAUAAAAAAAAAGACCCCCACGAUGCCAACAGUCCAUCUUACAACUUAGAAGAAGGGAGCCAAUUUUUCAAGUUAACGUUCGACGAAAAUGUCAGAACGUUGCUCGAAAAUGUAGACGCGAAGAGCAGCGGCAAUGAGUCCGCCAACAGUGUACUGAAGGAGAAGUAUAAUAAAUAUCAGAGGCGAGAAAAGAAGUACCGGAAGUUGUUUCAAUAUAUAAAAGAUUUGAGAAUGAGCAUACGGGAGAAGGAGAGGAAGAUUAGGGAGGCCAGCAUUGCCUUGGUGCGCAGUGCUCAGGUGGAAUCGGGUGGUAGUGCCGUCAGCGUACGUAGUGCAGGCAGCACGGAAAGCGCCACAUUCACCGUGAGGAAUGGGAGCUCCGUGAAGAAUGAGAGCUUCGUCAAGAAUGGAAGCUCCGUGAAGAACGAGAGCUCCGUGAAGAAUGAAAGCUUCGUAAAGAAUGAGAGCUCCUUAAAGAACGAAAGCAUGCUGAACAGCCACAACAGCUUCAAAAGGGGGGGAGUGCCCCCCGAAAUGAACCAAGACUUCCUCAAAAGUGUCAUAAAAAAGGACGAGGAACUUCUAAAAAAACUAAUCGAGUACAAGUACGCCAUCCUGAAGAGACAAAGAAACAACAUUCUGAAGAGAAAAAACAAAAAGAACAUUUACACCAAUGAAUACUCCGACGAGAUCGAGAUGUUUAGUGACAGUGAAGGAGACUCGCGCGGCUGCAAAAGGGGAGCCAACAAGAAGUCUAAAGCCAUCCGCAAAGGCAACGGAAGAUGCAACGGAGAGCAUCAAGAAGACGACGGAGCCGCGGCCUCGCCUAACAACAGCGCAUGCGAAAUCGAGGAAAAAAAACUCAUAGACGAGAAGAAACACAGACUGGAAACGUAUCUAAUCAUGAACAAGUUAUAUAAAAAAAACAACAAAGGGUUGAUAUCGGAAGAGAACCACACCAUCAAUAAGAGGACUGACGUGUACUGGCGCUUGGCAUAUUCCAAAAGAGACAUUAACUUCAUGGAAAAUGUUGCCAAGGAAGACAUGAAUAGCCACUUCGAUUCCAUUUUGAGGUCAAACAUGAAGGCGAAAAAAAACGGGUGCGGUGACACAGAUGAGGGGAAGGGCGGCAGUGCCGAGGGUUACACUGGUGUGAACAGUGGUAGUGGUAUCAGCAGUAGCAGUGGUGUGAAAAGUGGCAGUGGUAUGAACAGUGGCAGUGUUACAAAAGGAGCCAACGUGGAAAACGUGGUUAGCCCUGCCGGCGGCAUUGGUACUACGAAUCUGGCUAACCCCACGGGUGGCGCCACCACGGGCGGAAACUCCAAUCUGGAAAGCAAACUGAAAAGUUAUUUGGAAAACUUUAAUGCCAAACAGUACAACGAAUACAUUUCGCUAUUUCAGCUAGCCCAGGCAAAGCCCUACGUGGUAGACCCCCUAAUUUACGACUCCAAAAAAAUCCUAGACAAAUUUAUUCCAAUUAAUGGACGGUUUACCGCUAGGGCUAUGUGCAAAAUAAUGGCCUUUGCGAAUAAUAAAUUUUUUUUCCCUUCCUACAUUAUGAACAGAGUGAGGAAAAUAUAUGCACUCGAUGAAAGCAUCGAAUCUAUGAUCCUGACGGGGGGCAUGAGCAGGAAAUGGGGCAUGGGGUUUCAGCUCUUCGAGUGCGAAUAUGCAGAAGCUAUCAAUGAGGAUUUUUACCUGCGCAGGGGUAGGAAUCCCAAGGGGAGAAGCAGAAGGGGGGGAUGUCGCAAGGGGGACGGCAAGAGAGAAGGCCAAGGAGUAGGAACCCCGAGUAGAAAAGGCAACACUGGAAGGAAAGACAACACAGAACAGAUUAACAAACAUGGGAAGGCAGGCAAAAAUCGAAAAAUGAAUAAUGACAAGAUCCCCGCUUCCAAGCCUAAGCGAAUUGUCGGGUACGGACAGUCCGACUUCAGCGGAUGCCUCGCCGUUUCCUUUCCCGAAAUUGACCUCUCACUCACGAUUCUUCUAACAGACAUUUUUAAGGGGGCAACGGUAAGGAUUAAGAUUUGUGGGGAAACGGAACUCUCCUCGGGCAUCUACUGUGGUGGGAGAGGCAUCGAGGAGGUGCGCCCACUGGACAGCGCGAGCUGA